UAGCCGUUUUCGCUGUGGAAAAGGCGCCUUUCACGAGGCCCAGCCCACUACACACACAAACGGGGCGCUUCGAUUUUUUUUUCUUCUUCCAUUUCCUUUUCUCUCGCCUUCUCUUUGCAGACGCAUCUGUCUUUCUCUCUCCCCCUCACGCUCGCGGAUCUGAACUCCCAAAAAAAUCGCGACGGCCAGAGUGGAGAAACCCUAGCCCCUCCCCACAGCCCCCGGGAGGUUUUCCGACCCCGACCGCCGUGGCGCCGCGCCGGAGAGCACCGCCGCCGCCGCCGCCGCCGCCCGCGGACGCCGACGCCGCCUCCUCCUCGAGGGGCCCCGGCGACGAUGAGGGGAGCGGCCGCGCCGGGGCCUCCCAGGAGGCGGGCGGCGGCGGAUGCGGUGUCACCCCCUACGAGCAGGCCAGGAAGGCCCUGGCGCUGCGCUCGCCGUUCGACGGCGACGAGGCGGUCGGCCGGGACGCGCUGCUCCCCGCCCGGGUCGCCAGAUGGGCCGCGGUGGGGGACGUCCGGAAGAAGCACAAGAAGGCUCAGCAGCCAGAAGCGGCGGCGGCUGCAGCAGCUGCUGCAGUAGAGCAGCAGCCGAAACCGAGUUCCGGGUCGAAGGAAUUCUGGGACCUGAUGGAGCCGUAUUUCCGGGAGAUUAACUGGGAUGAUUUCGAGGCGUUAAUGCAGGCGCCAUUGCUCGGGUUCAACGGACCGCUCGAUCCGUGCUUUCUUGUACCUUUCGUCGGUAGUGGGAAGGAGUUUGGGGAGAAUUAUGAUCCUUCUUGUGUGGUUGUGGAAGAUGAAAGCUCGCAUCUGAACUCAAAUUUGGGCAAAGACAGCGAUGAGUUGGAGAGUAGCAUUGUCCGUAGCAAGCAAGAUUCGCAUGGGAGCUCAGAUUUUGUUGGGGGUAAUAUGGAUCCGGUCAUCAACAAUGGGGCUAAUGAUGAGCACGGGGAGCAGGAUAUGCAGGAGGUGGUUUUGCAGGAAGAGCAGCCGAUGGAAAUUGAACAAGAUCAUGGUAGGAGUGAUGCCAUUGCUUUGCCACCGGACACAGAGGAGUCAGAUGUUUCAUUGAACUGGCUCCUGGGUGCAAGAGACCGAUUUGUGCUCACUUCAGAGCGCCCAAACAAGAAGAGGAAGUUGUUGGGUGCAGAUGCUGGGCUAGAGCGGCUUGUGCAGCUGCCUCCCUUGGAAGGUGAGGCUGGUACAACCUGUGAUGUAUGUUGUUUGGGAGAGUGUGGUACGUCCUCCAAUAGGAUGCUACAUUGCAGUAGCUGUAAGGUGUCAGUGCACCAGAAAUGUUAUGGCGUGCAUGUUGUGCCAGAUCAAUCUUGGCUGUGUGCCUGGUGUAAGAGUAUCAGAUCGGCACGGAGGCAGACACGGAGUGAUGCAGGAAGAACUGUCUUAAUGCCUUGUGUUCUUUGUCCAAAGGAGAAAGGUGCUCUGAAGCCUGUAAAAAGGGAUUCCGGUCAAAUUGCAGAUGGAGGCAACCUAAAAUUUGUACACUUGUUUUGUAGUCUCUGGACACCAGAGGUUGUUGUAGAGGACUUGAAUUCAAUGGAACCAGUCACCAAUGUAGGAGAUAUCCAAGAGAACCGGACAAAAUUGGUGUGCAGUCUUUGCAAGGUUAUGCAUGGUGCAUGCAUUCGAUGUAGCCAUGGAGCAUGCCGAGCCUGCUUUCAUCCUAUAUGUGCAAGAGAGUCAAAGCAUCAGAUGGAGAUAUGGGGCAAAACUGGGAACACCAAUGUUGAGAUGAGGGCAUUUUGCUUGAAGCAUUCGACAGUCCAAGAAACUAUCUCAAUACAGAAUGACAGAAUAUGUGCUGAAGAGGAUACCUCACAAAUCGAGCUUGAUGAUGCAAGCCUUGCCACUCAGAAGAUUCAACAACUGAGAUUGACACGCAAUAACAAGGACAAAUUUACCAGCAGCAUGAUUGCUAGCUCUUGUUCGUCUAGCCUCAAACAGACAACAGAAUUAGCCACAUCGCCAUCUACUGCUAGGAGUGUGGAAAGUCAAGAAACCCAAAUAACAGAUAUGGCUGUUGAUCGACCUAUAGGAGAUAGGUGUCUUGUGAGCAACUCGGGUGAUGUCUCUACAGCUCUUAGAAAGCUAAUUGACCAAGGAAUGGUUAAUGUUGGUGAUAUAGAAUCAGAAUUGGGUGUGUCUUCAGAAUCUUUGGAAGCUGCUCUCGUGCCUGAAACAUCGACCUUCUCCCCUGGUCUGAAGUUGAAAAUAAUCAAGUUACUGCAAAACACCAUUCGUGUACCUUCUGUUCAAGAGAAGUGUUCUAAAGAGGGUUCUUUGGCACUACAAGGUACUGUGUUUACAGGUGAGAGUAAGAGCUUAACUGAUACACAAAUUUGCUCAGAACUGGAGGAAGGCAUCUCUUCGUUUGAUCAUUGCUGUCCAGAGGGCGAUAAUACUAACAAAGACUGGGCUGAUUCAGUAGAAAAUGGUUUCCACAAUUGUGGUGAAGAUUGCAUUUCUGGCAAAUGCUUUCUCAACCAGGAUGGUUCCCGAUGUUAUGUUCAUCCAUUCAUAGAGAGAAAGUUGCGGAUUUUGUGGGACCAUAUUUUUAAGCAAAACAAGCAUCCAAUACAUUGUCAUGAGCAAUCAACCUGUGAUCCACAUGAUCGAAUUGCUGGUAGCUCGUCAACAAAACUUGAACAGCUAGCAGACAUAGCUGUAGCAGAUCAAGUUUCUAAAGCAAAAUCAUCAGGUAUUCUGGAGCAUUCACCCCAUGAUGAAAUAGAAGGAGAACUACUUCAUUUACAAUCCAGGCUACUAGAUGAUGUUGGUGGUGCAAAGCAGAGAUAUGAAGAUUUAGUACUGAAGAUUGUCCAGUCUCUUUCUCAUGACUUGGAUUCUUUCAAUAAGAGAAAAUGGGACCAUAUCAUUGCAAACCAGUUCCUCCGCGACUUAAGGGAAGCCAAGAAACGUGGGAACACUGAGAGGAGACACAAGGAAGCUCAGGCUAUCAUGGCUGCAGCUGCACGUUGUAUUUUACCUACCUCACGAAAUGCACCAGUUAGAAAAGUGGCAGAAUGUGAUGUACUAUCUGCCAAACAAGAGUCUGUUCCUGUUGCAGUGCCUGCCAAGCAAGAGGUUCAUAGUCCCAAACAAGAGAGUAUCCCAAAAUUCAAUACUGGAUCUUCAAGAGUUAGCCAGUUGAUUUCUGUGCAACAAGCAAAUGAUUCGUCACCAAACAGUAAAGUCUCUGCAGAUGCUAAUAUUGGCAGUUUUGAUCUGGCAAAGUUUUCCAAGAAAAAUGCUCUUCCCUGUGAUAUCUGCAUGCGAUCUGAGACUGUACUGAACCGGAUAUUUGUCUGCUCCAGCUGCAAGGCUGCUGUGCAUUUGGAUUGCUACCGGAGUGUGACGAAUCCCACAGGUCCCUGGAAGUGUGAACUUUGCCAAGAGAUGCCAUCAGAUGUUGUCGCUGGCAGUCAAUCAGAUUGCGACGGUUCAAAACCAUGCUUGUUGCAGUGCGAUUUGUGCCAUGGAACAUCUGGUGCUUUUAGAAAAACAAUAAAGGGGCGAUGUAUUCAUGCCUUUUGUGCUGAGUGGUUGUUGGAGAGCACGUUCACAAGGGGACAAUAUAAUGCAGUAGAUGGGAUGGAGAGCCUUCCCAAGGAUAAGGAUACAUGCGCUAUCUGCCACCGCAAUGUUGGCUCAUGCUUGAAGUGCAGUACUGUGGACUGUCAAAUUACUUUUCAUCCUACGUGCGCUAGAGAUGCUGGUUUUUACAUGGAUACAAAAACAAUUGGUAGUACGUUGGAACAUAAAGCAUAUUGUGGCAAGCAUGGCAUUGAGCAAAGAAAGGCUGACUUACUACAAUUACAUGGACCUGAGGAGGUCAAGAAUAUGAAACAGAUGAGGGUUGACUUGGAAGUAUUACGCCUUAUUUGUGAGAGAGUUGUGAAAAGAGAAAAGUUGAAGAAAGACUUGGUUGUAUGUGGACAUGAUACACUUGCUGCAAGAAGGAAUUCUAUUGCCUAUUCAACCCGGACUUCAUAUUGUGGAUCUGGACCUGGAGCAAGUUCAGAAUCUGCAACAACUUCUGUCAAUAACUCAUAUAGUGGGUUAAUGCAAAGAACAGAUGAUGUCGCGGUUGACAGUAUUAUUUCCAGGAAACCUACUGUUAGGUUUUCUCUCAAUAACAGCGAUGCUGAUAGGAACACAGCUGACAGUUCAACAUCGUCAAUAUCGUACAAGCAGAAGCUGGAUGACCGGGAAUCACUUGCUGAUAAGAAUCUUCCGAAGAAACCAGCUACUGCCAUGCAGAUAUCAGAAGAGGGUGAGACAAAAUCAUCGGAUAAAAAGAACCAACGCCCUCCAAAGAGUAUCGUCUAUACUCGACGUAGCGCCUUGUCCAAAAAGAGGCAAUUGAGUCAGAAUGUAGAAGGACCUGGUGGAUAGAAGCCAACCAAGGUGGCUCCUUCGUGGAUAGCCAGAGUGUUUGAAGCAUUCUCCAUGUGGAAAGCACAUGCAGCCAGCGGAGCUGGCCAGUGUAACCAUGAUAUUGCCAUAGGGGCACGGUCGGCCAAGGUUGUAAAUUUACAAACGGCGCAGAUGGGAGUUCUUCAAAGUGUGACUUGAGCUUCCGACCAGAAUAUUCGAGUAUUUGACCCCUCAAGGCUCAAGCUCACAUCACUCAGACGAGGGGUGACAUGGCAGAAUUCAUCCACUGAUUUAGCUACUAGAUGCUAAUCUGUGAGAUAUGCUUUGUACAAUUGUUAGUUUAGUUCUGUAAAAGAAAACAAGCAAUUGCCAUUAGUGGAUGAUUAAAGAGAAGCGAGGAAAGUCUUGUUAGGCUGACAUCUGUAGCUGACAGUUUCCCAGUAGCUAACCAGAACAUGAGUGAAUUAAGCACAUGUAGGUUCAAAUGUGCUAUGACGAUUACCUGUUGCGUUGAUGUAUGGCUACAUUUGUUGUGACUUGUAAUGAAUCCAUGCCAGAGUUUUUGAAAGAGCAACUUCUUGUUUAUGCUGCUUCA